AUGAGUUCCAACUGCUCCGUCCUCGCCGCCUAUUCAUCUUCCACAUGCUUCAUCUUCCGUUUGAUGUACAACUGCGGUUUUUGGAUCACCCAUUGCACAGCUAUCCCUCUAAUCAUCGAACGCUAUGUUGCAACGAAUCUGAUGGGAGAAUACGAGAACAAGUUCAUCUGCUUCGGCAUCUUUCUUUCCUGUUUUCAGCUCUCCCUUGCUGCCAUCCCCAUCUUCUUCGCCUACAUAAACCUCCGCCUCGAGGGGGUUUUCAUGCCCUACUGCUCCGUCUACAAUCCCGGAUCCUCAGCAAUUGCUCAUAUCAACUCAGGAGUGGCGAUUGUUUCUCAAGUUGUGGCUCGUUUCUUUUUUGGAUACUUAUUCACUGUUAAUAAGGUUGGUGGCUUAGAAUAA